CCACCCGGCUCGGCGGCAGCGUCGCCGUGGUGCCCCCCCCCCCACCUCUCCUCGGGCCGGUCCUCUCAGCAGCAGGCCGGGCCCGAGGAGGAGCCGCGCCCGAGGCCCCCGCCACGCCCGCCCCGCCCUCCGCCGGCCCCUCGCCCGCCAUGGCUCGCGCGGGGGUCUCCCCGUCCUCGCCGCCUCUGCCGGCCCCGUCGCUGCCCCUCACUCACGAGGCGGCCGAGGAGGAGGAGGAGGAGGAGGAGGAAGAGCCGCCCCCGUCGCGGGCCCUGGUGCCGCGCUCGUCCCCGGUGCCCCGGCCCCAGCACCCGCCCGCCCCCGGAGGCAGCGGGUCCUCCUCGGACGACGAGGCCCCGCCGCAGCCAGCCUCGGCAGAGGCGCCCUCCCAGCAUGCCCCGCGGCAUGGUCAAGGGCCAGCCUCCCAGAACCCUCCGGGGCAACCAGAGGCCUGCUCCCCAGGGGGGCAGGUGGAGCCUCCCCAGCACGCCGCAGGCCGGCACGUGCUCUUCGCCGACGCCUUGGGCCUGCCCUUGGCGCGCUGGCGGCGCUACCAGCCCUGGCCGCCCCCCUCCCCGGAGUCGCCCCCGGAGGUGCCCGCCUUGGCCGUGGGGCCACCCCCUGCAGCUGUCCCGUACCUGCUGCCCUCCUUCGUUCUGGCGCCCGCCGGGCAAGGCGAGGACGAGAAGCUGGAACGGCUGCGGCACACCAAGGUGGAGCUGGAGGAGGUGUUGCCCCCAGAUCCUGGGGAGCCGCGGGUCCUGCGGGGCACCGUGCGGGUGCUCAACGUCUCCUACCGCAAGGCGGUGCACGUACGGGCCAGCCGGGACCGGUGGCGGAGCCACCGGGACUACCCUGCCCUCUACAUCCCGACUGGGUCGCCCGACGGGGGCCUGACUGACCGCUUUGCUUUCUGCCUGGACUUUGGGGAUGAGGAUGAGGAUGACGAGGAAGGAGGAGCCCGACUGGAUUUCGUGGUGCGCUACCAGACGGACGAAGGUGACUACUGGGCCAACAACCAGGGCAGGAAUUACAGCGUGUUGCUCAAGGGAGCUGGGCCUUCCCUGGGCCAACCCAAGAGGCCUGGCCGAGAAGGGGAAUUGCGCAGGCUCAAGAGCUGCAUGAGGCCGAUCAAAAUCAGGUCAAAUGAGAACGAGCUGCGGGUUGAAGACAUGACACAGCCCCCCUGUCUGGAAGAAGGCAACACUGAAAAGGAUCUGGCCAGUGAGCCCCUGAAUUUCCCUGCCUUUCAGCCCCCUCCUUAUAUGACUCAGAUUCCAGAGCUCACCAUCACCACCAACUCCCCGGAAAAGAAAGAUCCUUCGAAAGACCGUCCCGUGGAUUUCACCGACACCCCGCAGCAUUCCGCUUUGAAGGUCCGUCCUGCCUCCUACGAGGAACUGCAAGUGCCCUGUGGCUUCGUACCCGGAAGUGAAAUCCAUUCCUUGGCGCCCUGGGACUUGUCUGAGUUCAGCAAGCGCGACCUCACCACGGAGGGCUCUUUCAUGGAUGAGUGCUUGGAGGAACAGUUGAGGAGGUACCAAGAGCUGCCCCAUCGCUUGGAGGAGGAUGCAAUAGACCGGGAGCUGGAGCAACUUUACCUGUCGCACUUAAGCCGGCUCCGAGCAGAAGAACUCGGUGUGAGAGGCAGCUGGGCCGAGGGGGGCUUGGAGAACUCCGACAGCCCUGCGCCGUCCCUCACCGCCUUGCGGCAGAGUGUCUUGACCGAUCGCGAUCUGAUAGUCAACUGGGCGGGCCCGGAGAGAGCGCUGAACAGCUCCCUGGCAGAGGAGAUCACACUACAUUAUGCGAAGCAGCGGGGAGAUGACUUCCGGGACAGUGAGAGGGAAGGAUUCACAUCUGGAUAUGCAACCCUUGCUCCACCUGACCUGGCCGGACAGGGUCGUGAGAGUCCGCCGGUUUUGCUCGAAGGCUGCUUUCUCAACCACUUGGAAGAAGGGAGCGCCCAGCAGAGUCCUGCCGAGGACUCCAACACCUUUGUCAGCUUGAGAGCGGUGUUGCCCAACGUCCUGCGGCCCACAGUUCAGGAUGCCAUGGUGAUACCCCUGGUGGUCCCUGCCCGGACUCCAACGACUUCUCCUAACCAUCCUCUCGACUCAGUUUCCCUCCAGUCCCUCUUAGUCCAUGGACAGAGCAAGACCCAGGGCUUCUUGAUAGGGAAAGGCAGCCUCUGGCUAGGCGAGGGGAACAACGUCCUCAAGGCCCGCGAAUCCCACCCCAAUUCUCACAGCGAACUCGAAAGGAUCUUGAUCCGCUCCCUACAGUUCCUCAGUUUGUUUGUCUUCCUGCCGGUGGUCUUCAGCAGCUGCAUGCCCUUGGUGGCUGUCACCCUCUACCUUCUGCUAGAUUGGUUCUCAUAGUUUGGUGUCUCUCCCAGGGGUGCCUGAGGGCCACGAUAGGAACCUCCUGGGGCUCGGGUCCAUCUCUGUUUCUUCUGAACCAACUGGGCUUGAAGAAGAGAGACGGAGCGGAAAGGGGAGGCCAUCUCGAGGGAGCAGGCCGCAUCUUGAGUUAACAGCUGUCCUAAAUCUCCCAAAGUUGCAGUACGCUUUCCUUAAAGUCUAGCAAAAUUAGGGCGUUGCGGGGUUUCUGGGUUGUAUGGCCGUGUUCCAGUAGCAUUUUCUCCUGACAUUUCGCCUGCAUCUGUGGCUGGCGUCUUCAGAGGGUCAGAUGGUAGUAAAGCAAGUGAAGUAUGUAUACCUGUGGAAUGCCCAGGGUGGGGAAAAGAACGUGUUAAGGGUGCAAUUUGCAGGUGUAAUUUGCAUGCGUUGAGUGCAAUCCACUCAUUUUAGCAUAUGACUGUAACACUGAAGUUGCAUAAUCAAUUAGUGAGGACAUCUGCAUAGCAGUUGCCUGGCAUUUUAAUCCAUUUAAUUUCUUCCUGCAGAGAGACAUCCCGUGUCUGGGUGAUGUUCACUAACCAUAGUCACUAAUUGAUUGUGCAGUUUCAGUGUUACAGACAUAUGCUAAAAUAGGUGGAUUCCACUCAACACAUGCAAAUUAUACCCUUAACACUUUUAAGGGUAUAAGAAGAUAGAAAAAGGGCAGCGAAGGGCAACAAGGAUGAUUGAGGGA